AGGCAGACCCUACGGACCGUGGUGUACCGCGUCCGACGUGUGGUGGCAUCACGCGGACUCAGGUGCUCACCACUCUGACUGCUUUUCGGCAUGGCAUCCCCUUCCAGGACCUACCCCGCCCAAGUAUGGGGCCCCACAAUCUCCGUGGUAUAUAUCUCGUAGCCGUGUGCUUCUGAGCCCUUCGCCUGCCUGCCAUGGCACCUGCUGAGACGACCAGUUCCGAGCUCUCCCGCAGGGAGUGGGCUUUCGCGUUCGCCCUUGUGACUUCGCUCUUCUUCACGUGGGGUUUCGCGUAUGGCUUGCUUGAUGUCCUCAAUGCGCACUUCCAGCAGGUAUUCGGUAUCUCGAAGCUCCAGAGUACGAUGCUGCAAGUAGCGUACUUCGGAGCAUAUCUUGUCUAUGCACCCAUCGCGGGCAUGUUCAUGAGGAAAUAUGGUUACAAGAAAGGAGUCCAUAUGGGUCUAACGUUCUACUCUCUCGGCGCCAUCUUUUUCUGGCCAUCGGCUGUAUAUGCGAAGUACGGUGGCUUCGUGGGCUGCACGUUCGUCAUCGGAUGUGGACUGUCCUGCUUGGAGGUAGCUGCCAACUCCUACAUUACCGUUCUUGGCUCGCCUAAGUACGCUGCCGCUCGACUCAACUUCAGCCAAGCAUGGCAGGGCGUCGCCUCCUUCGCCGGGCCUAUGAUUGCCUCGAGGUAUUUCUUCCAGGGCGCAAAUGCGACUUCGCUCGCCACUGUUCAAUGGGUCUAUCUUGCUGUCGCAGGACUCGGAUUGGUCCUGAACAUCCUAUUCUUCUUCUGUCCCUUGCCCGAAAUCUCUGAAGACGCCCUGUCGGCGGAGAUGGAGCAAGCUGGGCUCAAGGGCGAUGAAGAGCCAUUCUGGAAGCAGUACCACUGUAUCUUCGGCUGGAUAGCACAGACGACUUAUACCGGUGCACAAGUUGGAGUCGCUUCCAUGGCGGUCAACUAUUUCGUCGACAAAAACAUCGGCAUCAGCAAGCCGCUUGCGAGUCAACUUUAUUCGUACUGCCAGAUCACGUUCACCGUUGGACGGUUCGUCGGCGUGGUGUUGCUCAACUACAUCGACCCAGCGUUGUGUCUCUCUGUCUACGGUGUGAUGUGCGCCACGUUUGCUGUUCUCACAGCCUAUGUGCCCGGAGUUGGAGGACCCGUUUGCCUCUUUAUCCUGUUCUUCUUCGAGUCCAUCUGCUAUCCUGUGAUCUUCACGUUGGCGACGAAGAAUCUGGGUCGCCACACGAAGCGCGGCUCCGGCUUGGUCGUCAUGGGCGUCGGAGGUGGGGCAUGGUACCCUCCUGCGCAAGGUGUCAUCGCCGACAAGAACACCGCACACUCGUAUAUGGUGCCCUUCAGCGGCUACGUCGCCAUGACCGUCUAUGCUGUUGGCAUGGUGCUUGAUCAGACUCGCAAGGGUGGCUUCCGGCUGCGCACCAUUGAUGAGAUCCAAACGACCAAGGAGAAGCGCGUCGACGUCGAGUCCAUCAGCGAUGCAGGCCGUAAGUCGCCUUCGGAGUUGGACAAGAAGGCAGAAGAGGAGUUCGUGGAGGUCAUCCGAUGACGAUGACUCAUGUCCGACCACCAUUUACUUGGUGUAACGACGAGAUGAACUGUACUACGAUUUCGAGAGCUACCUACCUAGAGGCAUAUACACUCAUGGAUGGGCUAAUCCCUGGAACUGCACUGUAUUAGUAAAACAUUUUCUGGCAAACGACGCAUCGCACAGAGUUCGAGCAACUCGCGAGUCAACCAGUUACACCCCAGACCCGCUCAAGCAGAAGCUUGAGCAGUACCUCCGGUCCGGGAGUCUCGAACACGCAAGCCA